GUUAAGCGAAGUGUCAUCCGAUUGACGUUUUUUUUUUCACAUCCUUGAAGGCGUGUAUAUAAGAAUGGACCUGCGGAACAAUCCGAUUUAGUCGAAUGUUCAAAUUUCCCAAUGAAAGCGGUGACUUAGGAACUAAUUGGAUUUUAUACCGCGACAUUUUGUCCGUCCAUUGUUCGGUUGUUGUGGUGACCGGUUAGGUUCCGUUCGAUUUUAAGUGAACAUGCUGGCAAUUUCGGCUUCAAAAUCGUCGACCGCUUUUAACAUUAUUGUGACUUUGACGCUGAUCGGACUGUGCGAGAGUUUCCCCUACCAAUACUUUCAGAGAUUUUAUUAUCUCCCUCACUAUCAUCCAGAUGGAUACGUUCAAGGGUACGACUGCGACCUCCCAGGUCACGUGGACUAUUCAUACAACUUGGCCCAGGACGAUUUCUUACAUCCCCAAGGAAACUUUUUGGGCGACGGCUAUUGGAAACACCGAGCCAUCCCCCCCAAGGCCGAUCCUGUGCAAAGAUACUCCUACAUCGCUCCCAACGGUAUGCUCUAUGUGACCGACGACACGUCCUCCCGGCAAAACACCUUCCAAGUCCCCGCCGGUAACGCAUUUAGACCUCCCGGUGGCGUUUCGACGGGAACUCAAAACGGGAUGCAACCGCCCAGAAAUAAUAACCAACCGUCCGGCAGCAACAGAAACGCCACCGUUCCGAAUGACAGAAGGACUAACCAACUUGGCAUACCGUCGGCCGCAUUGGCGUCCUUAUCCGGGGGUGGUCUAGGUUAAAGCAAUCUGUUUAUUCAUUGCCGUAGUCGCACGAUUGUGCUUGAUUGAUUUCGCAAAUCGGAUCAUGUAGCUUUCGUCGACUAUGUGAUACCGAAAACGUUGACCUUGACGCGGUUUGAUUGCAAACUCGUUGUCGGCAAUAUUGACCUCUAAAAAUUUGAGUCACAUUGCAAAAGAAUAAAAAAAAUAGUACCGGGUUACAUACGCGGUCGAAAGAAAUUACAAACGCCCAUUGAAAUUUUCUCUCCGACGUUUCGAUCGCACUAUCGCACUGAUCCUGAUCUUGGAUCACAUUUCUUAUACCCUGUGUUUAAGGUUACAGUCGGUCAAAAAAAUAUUUUUUAAGUUUUCUUUUACUUUCUUCUUUCACUUAUAUUUAAUGAGAAAUAUAUUUCAAAUAAACAUCGGCAGAGUAAUAAAAAUAAAAUAAAAAUUGAGUGAGACAUUUUAGUUUUAGGAGCAAGAAACUAUGUCAAACAAGUAUCCAUACACUUUAAUAAAUCGCUAUUCAAAGCUGCAGAUAGAACCGUUCAUUAUCAAUAUUUUAUCAACUCAGCUUUCCAUAAUUUUUAUUCCUAAAUUUAAACAAAUAGCAAAAUCGAAUACCUAUUAUAUAUAUAUAAUAUAAUAAGGACUAUCAUUAUUUCUAAAUUUAAUAAUAUUUCGCAAAAUAAUGUCUCUUAUAAGGUUCCGAUGGUGAUUUUUGCCAGAUUUUCCAUUGCGAUAAAUCACAUAAGGGUAAAAUUUUAAAAGAGAUCCAAAAGGUAUUUAAAAUUUUUCAUAAAUAUCACAUAAAUAAACAGAUGUCGAUUAAGUAAACCAAAUAUUGUGAUAAAGCAAAAAAAUAAUAAAUAAAAUAGGCAUUUGGUUUUAAAAUUGGGAUUUAUUUUGGCAUAAUCUCUUAUUAGUUUUCUCAAUGUUUUAACUUCACAAAAUGUAUGUUUUAAUUAGUUUCGUAAUGAUUAUGAAAAACGAAAUCUUUGACUUUAUAAAUAUAAAAUUAAUAUACUAAAUAUGACUUAUUAAUAUUAUUAUUACUGGAGAGUUUUUAUUAUUUCUUAAUUAUUAUAUUCCUUAAAGAAUUUCUCGAAUCUUUCAAUGUUUUUUAAAAUUACUUUAAAGACCAAAUUUAUUUAGUUUGUAGUUGUAGCAAAAGGUUGUUUUUAAGACAUUUGUAAAGUAUUACCAAGUCCUGUUUGGUAAUACUCCAUUUUAGUAUUUUAUACUGUUUCGACUCCAUUUUAAUUUCUUGAUCAUGGCGUGUUUUACUUUUAGUAGUACAUUAUUUUUAAUUUUAUUCAUGUAUGUUAUAUAAUUUAUAUUUUAGUUUAGUAAGACUGCCAGAUAUUCAACUGUAAAUAUUACACCUUUAUCGUUCAGAUUUCAAUUGGAACAUUCGACAAGACUGCCAAAUGAAUUUAUUAUAAAUAAAGAUUCAAACCUUAAGUUCUAAUCCUUUUUCUUUAUAAACAAAGAGAAGACCCAUUUAUGACAACAGUCACACAAAUAAAAUAGAUAUUAAAGAAAAACAAUUUUUUGAUGAGUGAAAUGAA